UUUCAGGGUGUCAGGUCCAGCCGCGUUCUUUCAAGCACUGCUGGCAGAUGAACCUCGCACCACUCCAAAUCUCCCCCUCCCCGUUUUGUCGGCCGUAUUUACCUGCUUCAUCAAGCGAGCUCCCUGAAUUGCACUCCCUGUAGUACCGCGUUCGCCGCUCACGCGUAAUGAUGGAUAUCCGCUGCCUCACGAGUCGAGCAUUCAGCCAGCUAAGCGCCAGUGGUGGUUCGAGGAUUUCGAGAAGUCUUUUUUUCGAAAGCCUCUCGCCAUUUCUUCACCAACGAGCAUUCUUUACCUCAACAGUUGUUCAGUCGCACGUAAUACGAUUACGCCAUUUCUGCUACUAAAACACCAUAUUUCCCUAGAAGUAGCAGAGUGACGGUAAUUUGCUCAAGCGACGUCAGAAAGCUCGACUUUCCUACGACUUCUACUUGCAUGAAGCCCCUUCAAGCAACCCCCGCGCCAUAGCUCCUGCGACUGGUAAAUCAAGAUUCGCAUAUGUGAUGGCGUCUCCAUCCGUCGAAUCAACCCGGCCGUUUCAUCCGAACGAUCCCGAUAACCGACCUCUUUGCGCUGAAGCGGACUAUACAGAGGAGAGCGACGGGGACGCCCUGAUGGGGUAUCCUAUAAGCGAGGACAACGAUAGCGAGGAUAACAAUAACGAGGACGACGGUAACGAGGACAGCGGGCUCCUGGAGGCUGAGUGGGCGCGGCAACUCAUCGCGUCGCAGUGGAACAUUCGAGUCGGUGUCCGCCAGGCGAUGCUGGGACAGAGCUCCGCUGGGUAUGGCGCUACAGCCGAUUGCGCUACAGCCGAUUGUGCUACAGCCGAUUGGGCUACAGCCGAUUGGGCUACAGCCGAUUGCGAACUUGGCUUGACCACAUCGACCAAGGCAGCUUGUUCCACUGCUGGCAGGUGCCAUGGAAACUGCAAAAGUGACGUCUCGAAGCAGCCCGUAUCGUCUCCUGCAUCUGCAGCUGCUCUCGCUUCCCCCCGUCCUACAAGCACGCGUGCUGUAGUCGCACCGGGAGGCGGCACAUUCAAAAGCCAGUGUACCAAACAGCAGCAGCGGCAGCAGCAGCAGGAGGACCAGCAUCAGCAGCAUCACCCGCAGGAUCACCAGCAGCACCACCAGCAGCAGGAGCAUCACCAGCAGCUGCAGCACAACUGCCAGCAGCACCCUCAGCAGCACCAACAGCAUCAGCAUCACGAGCAGCCCCAGCAACAGCACCAGCAACAGCACCAGCAGCAGCAGCACCAGCAGCAGCACCAGCAACCGCACCAGCAGCAGCAGCACCCCCAGCAGCAGCAGCACCCCCAGCAGCACCAGCAGAAGCACCAGCAGCAGCACUGUCAGCAGCAGCACCCCCAGCGGCAGCAGCAGCAGCACCAGCAACAGCAGCAGCAGCAGCAGCAGCAGCAGCAGCAGCAGCAGCGCCAGCAGCAGCACCACCGGGUCGAGCGGAAAAGCAUCUCUCCUCCUCACUGGCGUCCGCAGAUCGCACGCGGCCGUUCCACCGAGCCACACACACGCACAGGGCAUUGCGUGCGCGGUAAUAGGUGCAGCGAAGACUGUGGGGGGAGUGGAGUGCAUAGUGGGGGGAGUGGCGCACACGGUGGAGUGCACAAUGGGGGAAAUAGCACGCACAAUCUGGCGAGCAUUGGAGCUGUAGCCCGCGCACGGUUAAGGCAGCUGACUGCCACACCAGCAGCAGGCAGAACGGCAGUAUCAAGUGCACCUGCUGCUUUCCCUACAUCAACAGCAGCCCCCACAGCAGCAGCAGCAGCAGCAGCAGCAGCAGCAGCAGCAGCAGAGGAGCGACCCUCGUCUCCCAUGCACUCUGCGUGGCAGGAGAUUGAGGAGCGGUUCAACGAAGAAGCCCAGCCACCAACUCAGCGGCCAACUCAGCAGCCAACUCAGAUUGGCGGCAGCACACGUCCCACUCCCAGCCCUGCCAUUCUCUCCCCAUCGCCACCACCCUACCCGCGCAUGCAUCGCCCAAUGCACCGCCGGUCGCAGUCCAGCCUCCCAGUCUCGUCUCUCAACGAGCGGCAUCUCACCCAGGCUGCGCUCUCAGUCACUCUCUCCCCUCCCCACGCUGACUGUGAGGGCAGCAGACAGUGUGUGCGGCACGCGCUGAGGCACGAAAGGAGCCCGCUCGCUAGUCCAGUGAACAGCCCCCGAGCAAGCCGGGUUACAAUGCCAUCAAGCUCACCGAUACCGAGUCCACGGUGUUCCAGUCGGCUGCCAUUUCAGCAGGCUAUCAGCCAGCAGGCUAUCAGCCAGCAGGCUAUCAGCCAGCAGGCUAUCAGCCAGGAGGCUAUCAGCCAGCAGGCUAUCAGCCAGCAGGCUGACCUCUACAAUGUCUCCCCUCCAUCCCCUGCCAGCUGGGCGGUUAACCCCCGGCGCGGUGUGGGCCGGGCUCGGUCUCUUGACAUCCCAACUCUCAUGCCGCAGUCGCAGUCACUUGACAACCCAUCGUUUGCACCGCAGUCAUCGGCUGAUCCGUGGAAAAGUCACGACCGGGGGGGGGCAGGCUGGAAUGACGUCACCUUGUCAGGCUGUCAUCAUGCCAUGCCGGUCCCUCAAAAGUCACCGCGCCCUCAGCAUGCCAUGCACGCUACUCCCGGCUUCAAGCAGCCUAGCAGCGAAGCUGUUGCGGCUCAUACUGCUGCGCCUGCUCCUGCUAAGAAGAGCAGCCUUUCGAGCAGCCAUGGUUACUACAACAGCAGUGCCAUAGCAAUGGUGGUAUCGCAGGGACAGGGCCACUAUGGGUCAUCCUCGCCUGCAGUAAGCUCACGGCGCAGGCGGUAGAUGCCGCAGACAAGCUACCCUCAGCUUGCUCUCAGUUACUGCGAGCGGCACGAAGAGGCAGUCUCAGCAUCGGCAGGAGUGGGUUUUGAGUCGACUAAAAAAGCACCGCAGUCCUACUACCCUCAGCUUGCUCUUUGCUACUGCGAGCGGCAGUCGAGAGCAGACUCAGGAGGCUCAGGAGGCUCAGGAGGCUCAGGAGGAUCAGGAGGCUCGCAUCUUUCAUUCCUGGGGAGGCAGAGCAGGAGUGUCGUGCCGAGAUCAAGCGCUUUUGAGCCGCUGGAACACAAGACCUGUCAUCAGGGCUCUAUGCAGGUGCGGAGGGUUUGGAGCAUCGAAGAGAGUAAGGGUGGAAGAGUUGGGCUGCUGAAACCGAUUUGCAGCAAAGCUGCUGACUCCGCUGGAGCAAAUUUCCCCCCUUCACAUUUUGGGAGAAGAUGCUUCUGACCCACACGGGCCCCAGCAGGUGCAGCAGCAAUGGAAGCAGCAGCUAAAACACCAAUGGCAACACAAGCAUGGGAUGCAUGGACAAGGUUGAAUAAAGGUAAACAAUGUUUUAUUGUAAACCAAUCUACGGUACAUCAUAGCUGCAACGUGUGGAAUUCAUAUUUGUCUGUAUUAUUUUUUCCAAUCCUGAUUGAAACAUACCGGUACUU